AUGACGGGACACAUGAUACCCAACGAUUAUCUCAGAAUAAGUUUGCAAAUUUCCGGUGAACAGGGUUACAUGUAUGGCCGUCACAAAGAAGUGAACAGAAGUGAGACAGACGCAGAUACGGGCAGACAGACAGAUAAGAAGACGAAGGUGCCUGAGCCUCGUACAACGAGAUAUAAGUGGAGGAGGGAGGAGUUUGAACAAGGGGAAGCAACUCGUUGUGCGAACACUCUGCUUAUUGGGGCAGCUGAUAUGGAGGAUGUUGGUGAUAUUGAAAUGAGAAUGGGGAGCUGUCACACAGAGUGCCGCGUGAUGAGGACACAAACUGUUCUGAACAGCCCAACAGGCAAAAUUUGUAAUGAUCACACCCCACUCUUCACAGAGACUUCGCAGAAUUCGUGCUCCUAUUUAAAGGAAAUUCAGGGAAGAAAUAUUGGAAACUUUUUGUGCAAGAUCUUUGUGGGUGGUUUGGGGAACCACAUGUUCCAGUAUGCGUCCUUAUACGGUAUUGCCAGAUCAAAGGGAAUGAUUCCCUUAACAGACGCCCGUGACGUCAUCAAUGACGUUUUUGACACGUGGGCUUUGAAGAGGAGUGAUCGCAAUAAGUCAGUCUGUUUUGGAAUGCCAAGUCAUUUUGAAACAAGAUCUUCGGCCUUCGACAACGCCACCGUUGCAUUCCAGAGCGAUCAACACACACAUCUUUAUGGUUACCUUCAGUCAUUCCUCUACUUUGCUAAAUACGAACAGGAGCUGCGAUGUCAGUUUAAAUUCUCAUAUGACGUCAUAAAACGCGCCGAAGAACUACUUUCAGGGCAUUUGAAACCCUUGCGCAUCGCGAACGCCCAAGCUGUAACACUUGUAGCAGUUCACGUCCGGAGAGGGGACAAACUUUCGACGGAUGUAAAAUCUGGCGGUGGAACUGUUGCCCCAAAGGAAUACAUUUUAAAAGCUAAGCAGUAUUUCAUUAAAAAGUACGAUCGAGUCGUGUUUGUCGUCUGCUCCGAUUCCAUGGACUGGUGUACAGGGAAUAUCCCCGGAGAAAGCACCGUGUUCGUCCGCGGCCAGAGCGCCGUGGAGGAUCUGGCAGUGAUGUCGCUGUGCCAGCACGCCAUCAUGACGGUGGGAACGUUCGGCUGGUGGAUGGCGUGGCUGGUCAAUGGCGACACCGUGUACUACAGCCGCAGGUUUCUGCCGGGAUCCAGACUGUCGCAGCAGUGGAACCUCUCCCACCAUUACCAUUCACACUGGAUCCCAAUGGAAUAA